CAGGCAGCAGAACCAGUGUGACCUCACCAGCGGGAUGGUUAAAUUUAUUAGCGGGAUAGGACAACUGCGUCCAGCCGAGAAACAUCACUUCCUGAAAUGGAUGAAAUUCCACCUGGAUCACAUUGCCAGGGGGAACCUCUCUAGGCUCCGGGCUGAGUACAAAGAGAAAUGUCAUGCACUAGGGGAUGACGCACAACAGCUGGCGGAAUUGGACGAACUAAUCUCUGCCAGCUCCUUAGGGGUGGAGCAUUUCAUGCGCGAGUUGGGGCAAUUUUACGAGGCCGAAUGCUCAAUGGUGAAAGAAGGGAACAUGGGGAACAUCCAAAGACAAUUCAUCCAUCUCCCAGGCAUAGCAGCUGACCUGGUGCUGGAAGGGUUUCCCAUGGAGCUGAUCGAUGGAGAUGCCUCCAACAUCCCACUGCAGUGGGUGACAGAUGUUCUGACUGAGCUCCAUGCCAAGCUGGGGGGAAGGUCCAGAAUGGUGGUUCUAACGGUGCUGGGAGUGCAGAGCACUGGGAAAUCCACCCUCCUCAACACCAUGUUCGGCCUGCAGUUUGCAGUGAGCAGUGGCCGAUGUACACGAGGAGCCUUCAUGUCCCUCAUUAAAGUGGCAGAGAACUUUCAGCAGGAGCUGGGCUGUGAUUUCAUCCUGGUGAUAGACACAGAAG